AUGGCGUUCCGUGCUCGAAUUGAAGAGGACCUGCGCUAUUUGAUUGACUCUUUACCACCGGCCAACCGCUUGUACCAGAAUGAAGACGGCACACCACGCCAGCCAAGUGACUUGGAACUGCACAAGCUGGCACACCUGAGUGCCUUGAACGAGCAGCGUACGUUGAAGUUCUGGGAAUGGUUUACCAUUGGCGAAAAGGAGGGGAAACUGUACAAGAGCAACACCGAUGACAUUGCGAGACUCCUUCCAUCUGACUCCAACGGUGCUCAGGGAGAUAUUGUUGAUAAGGUUCCUUUCGAGGACAAGAACGGCAACAUCCAGUGGAAGUUUGUUCGUGAGAAUGAAGAGGAAGGAUGGGAGAAGCUGUCCUACUACUUGUUAUUACCAGCUUUGGCUGGGCUUGUGGGUAUCCAUCUCUUUAAGGAGGACACCGGUGUUGACCAGUGGGCUCUGGAGGAGUUGAAGCGGAGAGCUGGCCAAGGUGCCGAGCUGAAGGAUGAGGAGAUUGUUGAGAAGAUUCUUUCUGGUGAAUAUGACAAGCUUUUGGAGCUCAAGAAGAAGCUCUGAAUCGGGGUUUUGAAGGAGUCUCGUUCCGCUUAUUUAUAUCACUAUAUCUAUAUUUAUUGAGUAUAUAUAUACAUUACACCUAUUUAUUAUUUAUUGAAUCCUCUCCGUGGUUGGAAUACACACG